AUGACAUCCAAGACACCAUGUGCUCAUUCAACGUGCGAUAAAGGGAUUGGCAUUUUUGCAUGCGAAGGUUGUCAACAAAAGUUUUGUCGAAAACAUUCGAACGGACAUCGAGAAGCGUUAGCGAAGCGACUGGACACAAUCGUUUUCGAGCAUGAUCUCAUUCAACAGCAACUACAAAAUAUUUCUGACCCAAUGGCAAAACAUCCUCUCUUCACACAAAUCGACAAGUGGGAAACAGAAUCAAUAAACAAAAUCAGGCAAGCGUCUGGCGAUGCUCGGAAUCAGCUUCAACAACUGUUAGAUGAAAACGCUCACAAAACAAUGAAAGCCUUUCGACGAAUAACUGAUGAUUUGAGAUAUAGACGCAACACUGAAGAUUAUGUUGAAUCAGAUCUCGAUCAAUGGAUAGAAGAGCUGAACAAAAUCAAAGAUGAAAUAGAUCGACCGAAAAACAUCGAUGUCUCUGAAGAUUCGUUUGCCUCGGUGAUGCUGAUUCGAGUUAUAUCAAGUCAGGCUCAUGUCAAGUACCACCCAACUACAGAAGAAAGAUUUGGUGAAGCUGUUGGUGACAUAGAAGUGAGCGAGAGUGGUCGAUUAGCUGUUUCAAAGUCAGGAGAUGCAAGUGUUUACGGCACUAGUUUGUAUUCAAGCGGUCUUCAUCAAAUUUCGGUCGAAGUCGUAAAAGCAAGUGACUGGAUAUUCGUUGGUAUUAUGUCUCCUUCCAAUGGAAGAAGGGAAGGAGCUGACUUCUUGUCAUCUGCUUAUGGAUGGGGUGGAGCUAACAAAAGAUGUGCUUGGGUUUAUCUGAAUGGCGCUUACAAUGGUUAUGGUGGUUUUGAUGGUGAUAUCAUUAAUGAUGACAGACUAGAGCUAACAUUGAACUGCAAUGAGAGAAAGAUUGAGUUGUUCAACAAUCGUACAAAGAAAAGGUAUGAGAUACCAAUCAAUGUCAAGAUGUGUUCACUACCGUGGACAUUUGCUGUUGAGUUUGGAUUUCGUGGCGAUAGUGUACGUAUAUUAUAA